AAUCAUUAUCAAAUAAGUUCCUGGUACAAGUGUAGACAACUUGCAGUGACUAAGAUACAAUGGGUUUUCUAUACAGCCAAAUCGUGGAAACACGCAAGCUACCCUACCCAGCGGCCUCUUGCUACGGACGGACGGUUGUCAUCACUGGGAGCAACACAGGCUUGGGAAAGGAAGCGGCGCGACACUAUGCACGGCUUGGUGCCAGCAGAUUGAUCCUCGCUGUUCGCGACUUGCAAAAGGGUUUCGCCGCAAAACAAGAUAUCGAGCAUACAGCAGCCAAAAAUACAAUCAUCGACGUCUGGCUGCUAGACAUGGCCAGCUAUGAAAGUGUAAAGGCUUUCUGCGGCCGACUGGACACUGAGCUGGAUCGAGUCGAUAUCUUCCAUGCAAACGCCGGUGUAAUACCCGUUAGAUUUUCCAUGACUGAGGGAAACGAGACUACGAUUACCGUCAAUUUCAUCUCCACCUUUUUACUUGUAGCUAUGGUGCUUCCUAAGCUCAGAGCUACGGCCGAAGAAUUAAGCGUUCGUCCAAACCUGGUCAUCACAAGCUCAGGAGCACAUAAGCAUACAACCUUCCCACAGCAGCGAGAGGACAUGAUAUUCAAAGCGCUUAACGACGCCGACUACGCUAAUGGCGUGUAUUGGAAAGAACAGUAUCCGAUAUCAAAGCUCCUGGGCAUCCUUGCCCUCCGUCGUAUCGCUGGUGUUCACCCUGCGGACAGCUACCCGGUAACUAUUAACCUAGUCAGCCCGGGACUGUGUUAUUCAGAGCUAGCUCGCGAGGCGCAGGGAUUCGAUAGAUUUGCUUUUCAAGCCAUGCAAGCCCUCUUGGCGCGGUCGACAGAGCAAGGAAGUAGGACUUUGAUCCAUGCAGGUUUAGCAGGUCCUGAAUCACAUGGUCAAUAUUUGGAAGAUUGUGGCAUCGCAGAACUAUCAUCAGUAUUUAUUUCAGACAAGGGUCUCCAAGACCGUGUUUGGCGAGACCUCAGGGAUGAGCUGGAAAAGAUCAGCCCUGGAGUGACGAGGAAUUUUUAAAGUAGCCAUCGUAUCAUGUGUUUUCCUUCGACAAGUAGCUCUAACAGGAAGUGCCAGGGAUGUCCAUUAAGUGUACCUACUGAUAGCAUGAAGGAAAGGCAACUAUACGGCGAAAAGUAUGUAUCAGUUCAGGAGAUUCUGGAGCAGUGGCUGCAUUGCGGAUACUAGUUUGUUUUAUGCCGCAGUUGCUCAGCGGGCUUCUCAGUCAUGGUGGGCUCUUCACAUCCUGUGACCGUAAAUGUAGUUUGACGUUGUUUUAAUUGGGUCUGUACAGAUAGGG